CUUGAUCGCAGCUUCCCUGCAGUGACGUAGCAGCGGUGGUACUUCCUUGUUUGUUUUCUGAGCUAAACCCGAAACCAGACGCCCCAUUUCAGAAUGCAUAUGUCCAGGGUUGGAAUUUACAUAAAGAGGAGAAAGCGGGGCUGCUCUCAAGCCUGAACAUUUUUUGUCUUCCUCCAUCUGGCCGUUUCUCAGUCUGCCUCUUCUGAUUGGUGCUCAUCCUCACGCCCCUCGCCAAUAUGCUGUGUUGGGGGAAUGCAAAGGAUGGACAGUUGGGUAUUGCUAUGGAGAGGGACCCUGUGUUUGAGCCAAGGAACUGUCAUGUGUUCAGUGGCAGGGGACUGAAAGAGAUAGCCUGUGGAGGGCAACACUCAAUGUUCCUGCUGCAUGAUGGUAGUGUGUACACAUGUGGUUCUAACAGCUGUGGACAACUGGGCCACAACAAACCAGGGACUUCCCCAGAGCUUGUAGGAGCUCUGGAUGCUCAGACGAUAACAAUGAUGUCGAGUGGUCGGGCCCAUUCAAUGGCAGUGAAUGAACAGGGUCAAGUGUUUGCGUGGGGAGCUGGUGAAGGGGGCCAGCUUGGUCUGGGGACUGCAGAGGCGGCUGUUCGAAUACCAAGGUUGGUUAAAAGGCUGUGUGACCACCGGAUCUCUCAAGUAAUGUGUGGGAAUCAGCACUGCAUUGCACUUUCUAGAGAUGGCCAGCUGUUCACGUGGGGCCAGAACACCAGCGGUCAGCUCGGUCUGGGGAAAGGAGAACCCAGCAGGCUGCUCCCUUAUCCCCUGAAGUCUCUGGCUGGUAUUCCCUUUGCACAGAUAACCACCGGGGGAGACCACAGCUUUGCUCUCUCCUUGUCCGGAGCUGUAUUUGGUUGGGGCAAGAACAGAGCUGGACAACUGGGUCUCAAUGAUAAACAAGAUCGCGCCGUUCCGUGCCACAUCAAAUUUUUGAGAUCUCAAAAAGUUGUUCACAUCAGCUGUGGAGAGGAACAUACAGCAGCCCUCACAAAGGAUGGCGGCUUGUUUACAUUUGGUGAAGGCUCGUGGGGUCAGCUGGGUCAUGGCUCCACCAAUAACGAACUUUUACCCAGACGAGUGGUGGAGCUCAUGGGCUCUGAGGUGUCCCAGAUCACCUGUGGCAGGCACCACACGUUGGCCUUUGUGCCUUCCUCUGGUGUGGUGUAUGCGUUUGGUUGUAACAGCCAUGGCCAGCUGGGCAUAGGAAUACGGGGGGAUGCUAGGAGCCCAUUACCUGUCAAGGCCUGUUUCCUGACUGGAAAUGUCCAUUGUACAGUGACCAAAAUCAUCAGUGGAGGAGACCAUAGCUUCUUAUUGUACUCUAAUGACCAGAGUUACGUCCCCCCAGAAGACUUCAGAGUGAUUAAUGUCAGCAAAUCAAUCUCCCCAAUCAAUUAUGAAAGAUUAAAUUCAUGGCGGUUAAAACUGAUGUACAGCACAGAUUCCAGUGUCACAAAAGACAUCAUAAUUCAACUCUCCUCUACGGCUUGUUGGAACGGCAGCUUUUUGGAUGAAAGUGAUGAUACCCACUUCAAAACCAACCCAAAGAUCCCAGGCAUCGAUCUCGACUCUGUCAGAAAGCUAUUUGAGACGCUAAGCAAACCGGCUUUCUCUGGACUUCUGGAGCAGGCCACUAAGAGUUUUGAGAGUAUGAUGAUCCCUCAGCUGCCGCGCUCUCCUCCUGAUGUCGAGGCCAUGAGGAUUUACCUCAUCUUGUCUGAGUACCCGGCCCUGAUGGACUCCAAGAACUACAUCCGCCUCACUAUCCCCCUGGCAAUGGCCAUCCUCCGGCUAGACGCCAACCCCGGCAAAGUAUUGGAUAACUGGUGGUAUUUAUUGGACAACAGUGUGUUCACCAGAAUGGUCGACAUGUACAAGAGCAUCGUUGUGUUCAUGCUAACGGGAGGCAAGGCGCUGCUCGUACCGGUGUUCUACGAGAACUAUUUAGUCGCCACGCUGAGGCUGCUGGAGAAACUCCACCAGGUAAAUUUAAGGGCCAACCAUGUGGAGUACAACCAUUUUUAUAUCCCUGACAUCACCAGCCUGGUGGACAUCCAGGAAGACUACCUCAAAUGGUUUCUGAGUAAAGCUGACAUUAAAGCGGGAUCAAUCCCCCGUUCACAGAGUGACCUUCCCGCAGUGAACUUAUGUGCCUACCCGUUCAUACUGAAUGCUCGAGCCAAGACAACCAUGCUGCAAACAGACGCUGAACUGCAAAUGCAGAUGGCAGUAAGCGGUGCAAACUUACACAAUGUAUUUAUGCUGCUCACGCUGGAACCCCACCUUGCUAGGAACCCUUACUUGGUGCUCCAUGUGCGCAGGGACCAUUUAGUAAGUGACACACUACGUGAGCUCACCAUGUACUCUGAUGUGGACCUCAAGAAACCGCUCAAGGUGAUCUUUGAUGGAGAGGAGGCCGUGGAUGCAGGUGGAGUGACUAAAGAGUUCUUCCUGCUGCUGUUAAAGGAGCUGAUGGAUCCUGUAUAUGGGAUGUUCACUUAUUACAAGGAGUCCAACCUGCUGUGGUUCUCAGACAAAUGUUUUGUUGAGCAGAACUGGUUUCACCUGAUCGGGAUCAUCUGCGGUCUGGCCAUCUACAACUCCACAGUGGUGGACCUCCACUUCCCACUCGUUCUCUACAAGAAGCUGCUCAAUGUGCCAUCAAUGCUGGAGGACUUCAAGGAGCUCUCCCCCACCGAGGCCAGGAGUCUACAACAACUUCUGGAUUAUGAAGGAGGUGAUGUGGAGGAGACAUUUCUUCUCAACUUUGCUAUCACCAGAGAGAACUACGGGUUGACAGAAGUCAAGGAGCUCAUUCCUGGAGGAGAGAGCAUCAGUGUGGACAAAAACAACAGGAAGGAGUUUGUGGAGGCCUACCUGCGCUACGUGUUCUCAGACUCAGUGAGCGAGCAGUACUCGGCCUUCUCCUCUGGCUUCCUGAAGGUGUGCGGAGGGGAUAUCCUGUCGCUGUUCCAGCCCUCAGAGCUGAUGGCCAUGGUGGUCGGCAACAACAACUACAACUGGGAGGAGAUGGAAAAGAAUGCUGUUUACAAAGGGGAAUACACAGCCACUCAUCCAACAGUCAGACUGUUCUGGGAGGUUUUCCACGAGUUCCCUCUGGAGAAGAAAAAGCAGUUCUUAUUGUUCCUGACCGGCAGCGACCGUAUCCCCAUCCACGGCAUGGAGAGCCUGCGUAUCGUCAUCCAGUCCACCACAGCGGAGGAGCACUACCUGCCGGUGGCCCACACCUGCUACAACCUGCUGGACAUGCCCCGCUACCAGACCAAAGAGAUCCUGUGUCGCCGUCUCACUCGGGCUGUGGAGCAGUACGAGGGCUUCAGCCUGGUCUGAGGAGGUUUUGAUGCACUUUAACAGCAAUACGACCCCCAUGUCGGUUUCAAAAGAGUGUAAUAGGGGACUUUGGGACACAGGAAGGUCACUCUUUAUAUGCGCUCGCAAGAUUGUUAAACAUCUUAAAUCUGAAAGGUCUAUCUAUGUAAAAUGUACAGUAUUAUUGUUUUUAUUUCUUUGGGAAAAGUUUCUCAACCUUUUAGGACAAUUUGGGAGCUUUAAAUGCUGGUGUAUGGAUAUAUAUUUGAAAUAUAUCACAGUUCUGAAAUAAAAAUCAUCCUACUUAAAUUUACCUGGGAUCCUAAAACUUUUGUGACCAAAAAUUAAAAGCCAGAAGAGGUUGAGAAACUCUGUCUUUGGGUGUUUGUGUAGUUUUAUUUUUGUCUUCUUUUUUUUUUUUGCACAGCUGUGUGUUUUAUAUUCAACUCCUUAAAUUCUAUUUUUUACCUUUAAAAAUUGUGUUAUUACCUAGAGACAAUAAAUCUGCUUUUUGUUACUUGAUUCAUUAAAUAGAGUGGUUAUUUUUUGACAAAAUAUAAAAUGUGGAUAUGUAUGUAAAUAGCACUUUGAAUAUAAUAUUUACCCUUAACAUUGGGAGGAGUGUUUGUCCUGCUGAUCCAUGUGGACACCAGCAUGUCCUCUGCCUGAAAUUAAAGAAAGACAACGGGAGAGUAUUCAGCAGGCAGAAAGAUGCAGGAUGAAACAUGGUGAAUAUGAUUUGCAAUUAGGGCUCGGUAUCAAACUAGUAUUGAAAAAGUGUCUUUCAAUACCAAAUUGCAGAGUAAAUCUCAGCGUCAGUGAGCCAAUAAGCAUGCAGCAUGCUUCCACCAAGCUCUAAUAAUGCUGGUAAUUGGCUGUAUACCUUGUAGAGGCAUGCAGGAAAAACUCUAACACACAGAGAUGAUCACGAGGCUCACAUUUGUGAAUUGUGGUAUAGUCUUGACUACAGUGUCCGUCACUGUAAAAUAGCUUAAAAAAUAAAUAAAAAGAUUUGUUCCGUAAUGUGUAGCUAAUGUUGUAAUUUCUUUUUGUUAAAAUGGAUUUUAUAAAAUUGCAAAAACGUAUUGUUCAGGAACCGGCAGGAACUGGUAUCGAAGUCACGGUAUCGAAAAUGUUUUAACGUACCCAGCCCUAUUUGCAAUCCCUCGUAUAUUUUGAGCUGUGGAUCAGAGCUGAGCUGACUUUGUCUUGAACCUGCAUUCAACAGUGUUGCCUUCUACAGCAAAACCUAGCUACGUGACAUGCUGACUUUAAAAGUUGAUUUUAGUGGUUGUUGUCUCUGUGCAUGUUCUUGGGUGAAAGCAAAAUCCAGAUUGUCAUUAAAAAGUUUGACAUUUUGGGAAAUACGCUCAUUAGCUUUCUGGCAGAGAGUUAGAUGAGAAUGACAAUGUCUGUCGGUAAAUUGUUAGCGUUAGCUUACCUUAGCACAAAGACUGGAGAGCGUGUGAAACAGCUAGCUAACCUGGCUCUGUCCAACGGUUAAAAAAAAGUCCCUCCUACUAGAACCACUAACCCCGCUAACUAACACGCUAUAUCUCGCCUGCUCAGUCCACACAAAAACCAGAGUGUCCAAACAAUGAUUCGCCUUGUUUCUGCAUAAAACAUGGAGUUAGCUAGCUAGCUGUGUACCAUGGAUGUAUUAGCUAGCUAUGUAUCCGACUAUUUCUUGUCUUGGACCGGUGUUACGCCGUAUCAUAUGUGACUGAUUAGGAAAGAAAUUUCAGCUUGGCCUAGUAUUUCCACUUCAAACGUUUUUUAUUAAAUUAAUAUACUUUAUUUAGCUGUUAAAUGUGCAAAGAAUCCGAUGGGUCACGGAAUACAUCGUAAAACCCGUAACACCUCUAGCUAACUUUCUGCCUGGAGUUUGCCCGGCAACAGCAUAGCUGUCGUUUUUACAAUUUGGUUCCUGUCAUAGAUUGUAAGAAUAAGGUUUUUGUACGGGUUAAUAUAGGCUAGCCUAUGCUCUCUGUAUAUGCUCUCAACCAGAAGCGAAUAAACGUAUGUCCGAAAAUGUCCUUUAUACUAAAUAUGUAAUCAUUAAAAUUUACAAUUGUAAGAAGUUUGUUGCAGAUAAUGAAAUUGUGACAUUUGUAGGACGACACAAGUGUGGGCCUGUGGGCAGAUGACCUGCUUUGGAUAUAGUCAAUUGAUAUUUACUGUAUAAGCCUGUCAUAUAAUUUGUUCCAAAACUUGCCCUGAUGCUAGCCUAUUUAUUCCUACAGUUUAACCUCUUAAUCCAAACUGAUGUUUAAUUAGGUCGUGCAUUGGCGUGAAGUGUGUGAAAUGGUCUUGCAUAUAUACAUAUAUUUUUUAUAUAUUUCAUACGUGUACGGUGGCGUCAGAGAGACUUCAGACAGUAAAUGACUUGAUGUGUCCUGACAGGUCACACUGACACAUCCGUACCUUAUAGCAAUAACAACCUGAAACAGCCCAGUGGUGUGGUGAUAUCUGGGUUAUUCUUCUAAAGGUCUUAAACACUGGACUCUCCUGAGAUGUUUUCUUAGGACAGUUCAUCUUCUUGCUUUGCUCUAUCCUGCAUGUCACUCACAUGUUCUACAUGUACAGUCAGUAUUUGUCUAAUUUAAAGCUCAUUUCUCCUGCAGAGUAUAGUCCUAUGCAACGGUUUGUGCAGCCCUUGACUUUUGUUAUAAAAAAAUGGGAUUUCUUUUUGCACAUUUGUCAAAUCUACACAAGGCUCUCUGUUCCAACUUUUAAAAUAAAACAAUAGUGUUUCAUGAUUGCA